UCCGGCCAUAUCUGACAUCGUCAUCCUGGUGGACGGCUCCGGGAGCAUCGGGACGUUGAACUUUAUGCUUGUCAGGACCUUCCUGGAGAACCUCAUCAGGGCCUUCUCGGUGGAGUUUGUCAAGACCAGGAUCGGCCUGGCUCUGUACAGCCAAGACCCGCAGAUAGAGUGGCACCUCAACACUUACACCACCAAAGAGGCUGUUCAAGGCGGUGAAGAACAUCCCUUACAACGGAGGGGGCACGAUGACAGGUCUGGCUCUCACCUUUAUCCUGGAGACCAGCUUUAGACCUGAGUCCGGGUCCAGGCCCGGCGUUCCCAAGAUCGGGAUUCUCAUCACGGACGGGAAGUCCCAGGAUGACGUCAUCCCUCCGGCACGCAGCCUCAGGGAGGCCGGCAUCGAACUGUUUGCCAUCGGUGUGAAAGGCAGCGAUGAAAACGGGCUGAAGGCCAUCGCGUCUCCCCCAGAGGAAACUCACAUGUACUACGUAGCCGACUUCAGCGUGAUGAACGACAUCGUGGAGAGUCUCACCAAGAGGGUGUGUGAGCGGGUGGAGCAGCUGGACAGGCAGAUCAAAGGUGGGCCUAUGGCUAAAGUUAGAAAUGAUCAUAUGGAUGUUGACAAGUUGGUGGGAGGAGCCAGUCGCUGUGAAGGAACCCUGGAGGUGAAACAUCAAGGAGAAUGGAGACCAGUAGGUUACUAUAGAUGGAACCUGAAGGAAGCAGCAGAAUCCAUCAGGCUGGUGAAUGGGUCUGGUCUGUGCUCAGGCAGACUGGAGGUGAGGUCUAACCAGUCUAACCAGUGGUCCUCAGUGUGUGAAGAGGACUUUGACCAGCAGGGUGCAGAGGUGGUCUGUAGGGAGCUUGGCUGUGGGGCUCCUUCAGUCCUCCAGGGGGCGCUCUAUGGAGAAGUGGAGGCUCCAAUGUGGACCAAAGGGUUCCAGUGUGGAGGCCAUGAGUCUGCUCUCCUGGACUGUAGAAGCUCAGGCUCAGAGAGAAACACCUGCUCACCUGGUAAAGCUGUUGGACUCACCUGCUCAGAACCUGUGAGGUUGGUGGGAGGAGCCAGUCGCUGUGAAGGAACCCUGGAGGUAAAACAUCAAGGAGAAUGGAGACCAGUAGAUUACCAUGGAUGGAACCUGAAGGGAGCAGAUGUUGCCUGUAGAGAUCUGGACUGUGGCUCUGCUGUUUCUAUCAGACACAGAAAGGAGUCCUCAGUGAGAUCUGUAUGGUGGAUUCACUCUGACUGUGUUCAGUCUGGAUCUGCUGUGAGGGAGUGUUUAUGGUCAGGUUCCACUUCCUACAUCGUGGAUCUCACCUGCUCAGCACCUGGUGAUGCUGAAGUGGAGACAUGUUUCUUCAUCAGGGUCAAGGCCCAUCUUCUGAGGUGUGGAUAG